AACAUCUCUGGUCGGAUGGUGAUGGCAGACUCCGUGAGUCGCGAAGAACAAGUGGCGGUGAUCGGCAACACCGACAUCACGCCCACGGAGUCGGAGAACAACAUCAUCAACACGAUGGUGGAAAAGGGGACAACGCUAUUAAAGAAGCUGGAAAUCAACGUAGCAGAGGCUGAGAAAAGAACGGGCAAAAAUUCAGUCAACAUGCAGGAAACCUACACCGUCUACCUCGUAGAAACACGGUAGGUGAAUAACAGAUUUGGGGAUGUAUCCACCACACCUGACUCUCUGUGGAGACGCUACAGUGAAUUUGAGCUGCUCAGAACGUACCUAUUGGUCACCUACCCUUACAUCAUAAUCCCUCCGCUGCCAGAGAAAAGGGCCGAGUUUGUGUGGCACAAACUGUCAGCAGACAACCUCGACCCUGACUUUGUGGAGCGGAGAAGAGUCGGCUUGGAAAACUUCCUCCUGCGCGUGAUGUCACAUCCUGUUCUUUGCAAGGACAAGAUAUUUUACCUUUUUCUUACAGAGGAGAAGGGAUGGAGGGAUGCAGUUUUGGAAACGGGUUUCCAAGAUAAGGCUGACUCCAGACUGAAAUCCCUGAGUGCCAUGUUCAGAGUUAAGAGCCCUGACAAGCGCUUUACAGCACUGAAACAGUAUAGCGAUGAACUGAAUACUGCCAUCUCUCAACUUCUCAGAGUGAGAGCAAGAGUAGCAGAUAGACUAUAUGGCGUCUACAAAGUCCAUGGCAACUAUGGACGAGUAUUUAGUGAAUGGAGCGCUAUAGAGAAAGAGAUGGGAGAUGGGCUGCAGAGCGCUGGUCACCACAUGGACACUUACGCAGCUUCCAUAGAUGACAUUUUGGAGGAAGAAGAGCACUAUGCCGACCAGUUGAAGGAAUAUCUCUUUUACACCGAGGCUGUGCGGUCGGUGUGUAGGAAACAUGAACUGAUCCAGUAUGAAUUAGAAGUAGCAGCUCAAGAUCUGUCCUGUAAGAAGCAGCAGAAAGAAGAACUAGCCACUGGGAUGGUGCGUGUUUUCUCCCUGAAGGGAAUGACCAGUAAAUUGUUUGGCCAGGAGAGCCAAGAGCAAAGAGAGAGUAGGCUAGCAGCCUUGGAAGAGAGCAUCAAGGAGGGCGAGCAGAUGCUCAAGGAGAAGAAUGCAGAGUGCCAAGAGUUUGUGCAAACAGCCUGGGAGGACAUCGAGCGUUUUAAGGAACAGAAGGACAGAGAUUUACGGGAAGCACUUAUCAGCUAUGCUAUCAUGCAAAUUAGCAUGUGCAAGAAGGGAAUUCAGGUGUGGUCCAAUGCCAAGGAAUGUUUCAACAAAAUGUGA